AUGAACGAAGGCCUCCGAGGUCACGGUAAUUUGCAUCCAAUUUCGGAACGAAUUCAUACUACAAUCACAACAAAAAUAGAACGUCUAUCUACUUUUAAUACCUCGACAUUAAGUAUUUCUCCAAAAUCUAUUACUGUACCAAUGGCUGUUUUUAUACCUUCUAUAUUCAGUCCAGAUAAUCCUACUUUCAGUUGUGAUUCUAUUUAUGGAAUUAAUCUAAAUAUUGACGAUUAUAAUGAAAAAAGUUGUGAAAAACAGCAACAAUCCGAUAGGGAUAGGAAAAAUAGAUAUCUAUCUGAUAAUGAUAGUUCUAUUCAAACUGAUACAUCAGAUAUCGAAGAAGAAAUUUAUUUAGCAAUAAGACGUUAA